AUGGCCAGCAUAACGCCCACAGACAGCAAAACCAACACGAUGAAGGCAUGGCUCUACAGCUCUGCUGGGCAGGGCCUCGAAAAGAGCAUCAAGCUUUCGUCUGACGCGCCCCAACCCCCCCUUCUCGGAAAAGACGACAUCCUCGUCAAAGUCCACGCCAUGUCGCCCAACCCAGCGGACUACAAGUUCCCAGAGCUGGGUCUGCUCGCGCGCGUCAUGAUAUCCGUCCCUGCUUCCCCCGGCAUGGACUACGCUGGCACAGUCGUCAAGACUGGCUCUGCGGUCGAUACUUUCAAGAUCGGCGAAGAGGUGUUCGGGCGCGUGGAGCCAAACCGGUUCGGUACGCUGGGCGAGUACAUCGUGGCUAAGUACAGCGGGUGCGUGAGUCGGCCCCAAGGUCUGGGGUUGGAGGAAGCGUGUUGUGUGGGGACGACGGGGUUGACGGCGUACCAGAGCAUUGCGCCUCAUGUCACGGUGGGGAACGGGGAUAAGGUAUUUAUCAACGGCGGCAGUGGAGGGACAGGGACGUUUGGGGUUCAGAUUGCGAAGGCGCUGGGUUGUCAUGUUACGACGAGCUGCUCGGGGAAGAAUGUCGAAUUGUGUAAGAGCUUGGGUGCGGAUGAGGUGAUUGAUUACACCAAGGAGAAUGUCAGUGCGGUUUUGGCGGCGAAGGGUCUGGUUUUCAAGCUGGUUGUGGAUAAUUUCAUCCAAGUUGGGGCCUCGGUGUCUUUGGCCCAGUUGAAGAGCACGGUGUCAACUAUGCUUCUGCCCUCGUUUUUGGGUGGUGGCAAGAGCAGUAUUUCGUUCAUUAUGACGAAGAACAGCCACGACGAUCUGGUCGAACUUCGCAAGUUGAUCACGGAGGGUAGGGUCAAAUCCGUCGUUGACGAGGUGUUUGAGUAUGAGGAUGCGCCCAAGGCAUAUGAGAAGCUGAAGACAGGAAGGGCAAGGGGUAAUCUUGUGGUCAAGGGGCCCAAACACCUCCACGGCCAAAGUCCGACUCGAGAUAUUCUACAACAUCAAAGAAGGGAGUUCUGCAUUCGUUUCCCAACACCAGAGCUAGUUCUGGCCUACCAAUCACGAAACCCCGAAACUCGAAUCUUCCACGAUGGCGAUCGAAGAGACGCAUGGCUGCCCACACCGCCAGGCCUGUCAAACCUUCGCAGCAGCUCGCUGGGCAUGGUGAUGCUGUUUAAGACGCCGGAGGCUGCCACUGCAUGGCGGAAACGUGCUAUCUUGGCUGAAGACGUCAUUUCAGGAUCUCCUGAGGCUGGGUCAACAUCAAGCGGGAUUGGGUGUCCGAAGAACUCCACUUUCAGCUGA